AAUGUAGCUUUGUUCCAUGAAAAUUGAAAUUAUGGCUCAUUGGGAAAACACAAUGCGGUCAUAAUGGGUAAAGUGAAGAAUACGGUGAUGGAUGGAAGCUUUGAACAGGACGGCCAUGGAUAGGAUCAAGCAACAAGAAAAUGGGAAAUCCCCCAUUUUCAUUCUCAAGAUCUUGAUUCUCUUCUCUUAUUCUAACGAUAACCAUAACCCCACAAACACAAACACAAACCUUUACCUUUGCCACGUAGCUGACUCCUUUUUCCAACAUCUGCGUCUCAUUUCCUCCUUCCCCCAUUUCCCCAUUCUUUGCUCUCUCUCUCUAUAUAUUCUCUCUUCCCCUUUCCUUCUUUUCGUUCGGUUCACGGGACUCUCCAUUACCCAUUUGUUCAAUUCAGCCACCGUCCUGUGAAACGGGCUAAUUUCUUUGCUUCUUCUAAGAUUUUGGAAGCGCAGCAGCUUAUUCACGAUGUCUUCUCCAAGCAAAAGGAGAGAAAUGGAUGUCAUGAAAUUGAUGAUGAGUGACUACAAUGUGGAGAUGAUAAAUGAUGGACUCAGUGAAUUCAAUGUGGAGUUCCAUGGUCCCAAAGAAAGCUUAUAUGAAGCUGGCGUUUGGAAAAUCCGUGUUGAGCUACCUGAUGCGUAUCCUUAUAAGUCUCCUUCAAUUGGUUUUGUGAACAAGAUAUUCCACCCAAAUGUUGAUGAACUAUCGGGUUCUGUGUGCUUGGAUGUGAUUAAUCAGUCUUGGAGUCCGAUGUUUGAUCUCUUAAACGUUUUUGAGGUUUUUCUUCCCCAGCUUCUCCUUUAUCCCAAUCCUUCAGAUCCCCUUAAUGGUGACGCCGCAUCACUUAUGAUGAAGGACCCGAAGCAGUAUGAUGAGAAAGUUAAAGAAUAUUGCGAACGAUAUGCGAAGAAGGAUAACGACAUUAAAUGCACAGGAGAAGAUGAGAGUGAAGAGGAUGAAAUCAGUGAUAACGAAAGUGGUUCAAGCGGCAAAGACGACGACGACGACGUUGCUGGACAUGCUGAUCCCUAACUGGAAACAAGGAAUUAUUAUAUCAUUUAGCAGCAACAACUGAAUUUACAUCUUUGUUUUAUUUUUCUAUAUUUUUACUGGUUGUGAACAUCAUAUUGAAAAAAAAUUACCCAACAAAGUCUUAGAUGAUUCAUAGAUUGUGAUGGCAGUGUGUUUGUAUUGAAUGACAUGAAAUUUACAAGCCGUCCAGUAGGGGGCAUAAAGCAAGGUGACAAUAUUUUAUGAGUUAAUGAAAUAGAUUACAUCAAAAUGAAAUUGUUUCUCAA